CUCUGCAAAUACCCGUGCCAGGCCAUGCCAUAAAAAUUCAGAGCACUAUUAUGGGCAUGAGUGCAAAAUUAAAAGUAGAAGCUUUUUGCCUACACUUUAUGCUCUUAAAAAAAAACUUCCAAGCUCUAGAAUUGUUUACCCACUAUAUAAUGCACACGAAACACUGCCUGUGUAUAA